UGCCCGCUACUGCCCUUGACAGAGAUUGGCCCAACUUGUGUUUUCUUGUUUACGUCGUUUAUCCAAGUAUGUACUAAUAUAUUUUGCCAUUUUGCUGAGCUACUAGGUUGUGAUCCCAUUAGAAGCAUACUGUAUGAACUGCCCAGCAAGGAUUGGAAAAUUGUGCAUUAUGUGUUUCUAGUUAAUACUACUACUUUAUUGUUUAGAAUUUGGAGUUGUUGGUAAUACAACUAGGGAAGUUAGUGGAAUUACACAGAUUGAUUGCUAAUCUAGAGCUUCUGAAGUGUACUGUUGGUCUUGUCAAGGUUAUGCACUUUGUGAUUUAUUUUAGGGAGGUGCAUUUGUCGUUACUUUUAAUAGCAUGCUGAUCCUUUUUCUCAACUGAUAUAAGCCAUUGAUAGACAAAGUAACGCAAGAGGAUAUAGAUAUAUAUGCCAUGUACAUGGUAUGUUAUGUCGCCACGAUUAAAGGAUCUCAUCAUAGUAUGCUGGUCCUAUCUCAGGUAUGGUGUUCGUUGCCUCUGAGAGGACGUGUGCAAAACUUCUUGAGACAUGCUAGCUUCCUGGAAAACCUUUCACUUAAUAUUCUAAAAUGCUAAAAGAACUUUAGUGUGAUCUCAAAUGUUGGGUACCAGUUAUCUGAAUUGUUUCUGUCAACAGUAAGUAGCAACCAUCACCUUAUGUGCACCCUGUCAUAUGCAGUAUAAAGAUAACUUAAGAACUGAUGUACACGUAGACACGAUUUAGUGUAUGGAUAUAUCCAAAUUUAGAUAUCCUUUUUGGGACGGAGGGAAUACUUAAGAACUGAUGUACAAGUCAUGUAUGAAGUGCCAGCAUGACUUCAUAUGUCAUAUAUUACUGGGUACAACACAUUUGUUACAGAUUUACAUUUGAAUUAUAAUUUUUUGGAUGUCAUUCUUGUCUUCCAAAUGCAACAAAUGGACCGUGUAUUAGUUACACUGUCUUGAAUGUGGCUUUCAGACAUAAUUUUAUUAUCCUUUGCCUGUUGCUCUAAGGAGAUGUUUCAUCGCCCAUUGCGCGUUGAGGCCUCACAGGCUCUUAUAGGAGGAUGUUGUCAUGUGAAUGUUCUGUAUGUAAAGGGAGAGCGAUGCCGCUGCAAGGAUGAAUAGUGAAACCAUGAUGUAGGAUAUUUAUAUAAACGCGUGCAACAUCUAGGGAAGGUAGCAACUGCUAUAUGUAACUCAUCUCAUACUCCUGUUUUAUGACCAAGUGCUAUGGCAGUUCAGUUUGCAUGGAAUGUUCUCUCUUUUUAGUUCUAUUUUCCGAUCAAUAGGAUUCUUUUUUUGUUAUUUCAUUCCACGUCAGAUUCUCUUAUCAAGAUGUGAUGCUCAUUGAAGGGCGGUGAAGAUCAUUCAUUGGACCAAUCACUGAAUGAAUCUAUUUUAGCUCCUUUUGGCAAAGCAUUGUGCCACGUGGUCCAGUGAUUUGAGAGAGUCUUGGUCUGUAACUGUUAGAAUGAGCUAUUGAAAUCGUUUUCUUUCGCCAGCUUUCUUUUGGCUGUGCACAAAGUAGGCAUAUCUUAGACCUAUUCGAAUUCUCUGUCGUUCUCGAUGGUUUUAUCACCACAUUAUGCUUGAACAUUGAGAUGCACUAACACUAGUCCUGUUGUAUCCUCCUCUUAUGUCCGACGUGUCGCUCUAGAAAAUCUCCUGUAUUAGAACAAUUCAUAUAUCCAUACUUGACACAUGUUCGUUUCCUGUAAGAAUGAGCCGUCAUCUGAAACAUUAUAUCUGAUGAAAUAAUAUUCUUUUUUGUUCAUUGUCUUGAUUUUGCGAAGUCUAGCAUUCCAGACUUAGGCAUGUAUACAUGAACUCAUCUAAAUGUUACUCACCAUGAAAAGAGAGUUAUGUUUUGUUUUGCCCUCAAUGAAUGGGCAUUGUUUCUUUCUUCUCAAAAUUUCAGUUUGAUGACAUCAAGGCUUGAGAGAGCUGUUAGGAAUUUAGGACCUAUCGGAAGUUGUCACAUGAAGACCUGUAUCAGAUUACGUGACCUUUUAACCUUCUUGUGAAGAUUAAUUAAAUAUUUUCUUUAGGUUAUUAGAUGUCAAAUUUGUAUAGAUUAUGUUGUGCCAAGUAAAAAUAAUGUAUCUUUUUGGAUUGAAUAAUUAAUUUAUCUUCAUAUUUUAAAAAGGAAAGGUUACAGUUUCUGCACACCAAGGGCACACAAAAUGCAUUUUGAGGAGCAUCACAGUCUAUAGCUGUUCAGGUCAUUUUCAAAAAUGUCUUUUGCACACGUUGGCAACAAAAUCAUUUGCAUAUGUGAGAUGAUAAGCUUUGCCGUCAGAAUUUUAAAAUAUCUUCGCUUCCACUUAUGUUGGUGGAGGAAUAGUGACAACCUUCGGUGCUAUAUAAACAACCUCAUAUUCAGCUCUGUACAACAGAAGUGAUCAAGCAGUUGCAUAUGCAUUUUGUGCUUGUCUCCCACCUUUAAGGCCUCUGCCUUCUCUCUUUUCCCAUCAUUCAAUACUCAUAAAUGGAGUAUGCUAAUUUGCGACGCCAAGCAGCAUCCUUGAAAAGAAGCCUCUUUGAUCAGGGGUAUUUGGAUGAGCAAUUUUGUCAGGUCGAGGACUUGCAGGAUGAAGCUAGCCCUAAUUUUGCAGAAGAAGUGGUUUCCUUGUUCUUUAAGGACUCGGCAAGACUAGUGUCAAAUAUUGAGCAAGCUAUGGAGAAGUACCCGGGAGAUUUCAAUAGAUGGGAUGCACACAUGCAGCAACUAAAAGGAAGUUGUUUUAGCAUUGGCGCUUCUAAGAUGAACAAUGAGUGCACAUUAUUCAGGAACAGCUGUGGAGAAGAAAAUGCUGAAGGCUGCAGGAGAUCUUUCCAGAAAGUGAAGAGGGAGCAUGCUAUCCUUAGGCAGAAGCUGGAGUCGUACUUCCAGCUUCUGCGACAAGCCGGUCCUGCCAGGACUGCAACCAGGUCUGGAGGCAAGUAAGCAGCUGGCCCCCUUGGCGCUCACACAAGCAGGCAUGCCAGUAUUGGGAUGCGGUGAAUAAAAGACUCAUGACAGGAGGCAUGCUUGGUGAUGCUGUGGGUGCAAGUUAAUGCCUACAAGAUACUAUCAUAUAAUCUUCAUUUAAAGAAAAGAUAUCAUAUAAUCAAGGGCGGCCUAUUGGUGUCCUGUGGUGAUAAUAAAUAGUCUGAUAUUGUGUUGUGUCAUGUCUGCGCUUAUAUGCGAUUUAUAAAAUGGAGCGAGCUUGCAUUUUGUUUUA